ACUCCGGGCUCUUGGGCUGUUCCUGGAGCCUCCGUGGCUCUGGAUUUCCACCUCCAUGGGGCCACGGGCCCACACGUGAGCACCGAGGACGUGGCCAUGGCUGAGGGGAGCCAGCUGAUGAACAGGCUGAUGAGCGAGAACGCAGACCUGAAGAAGCAGGUGCGCCUCAUGAAGGAGAACCAGAUGCUGCGGCGCCUGCUCAGCGAGAGCUGCCAGGAGAGCUGCAGCCGCGGGAGCCGCGACCUCCUCCUCCCCAAGGCGCCCGCCUACCCUGAGGACUGUUCCCCCACCAGUGCAGUUGCAGAUUUUGGAAGGUUUGCCAGUGUCCCUGAAGCGCCCUCCCAGCUGCAGACCUCCUCCCUAGAGGAUCUGCUGUGCUCGCAUGCGCCCCUCUCCAGCGAAGAUGACACCUCCCCCGGCUGUGCCACCUCCUCCCAGGCGCCCUUCAAGGCUUUCCUCAGCCCCCCGGAGCUGCGUGCACCCCGUGGCACUGACAGGAAGCUGUCCUCGCUCCUGAGCCCCUUGCAGGACCCGCUGGUGGACAAGGCCCUGCUGGAGCCCAGGGAGAUGGUACGGCCCAAGAAGGUGUGCUUCUCGGAGAGCAGCCUGCCCUGCGGGGACAGGACCAGGAGGAGCUACUACCUGAACGAGAUCCAGAGCUUCGCCAGCACCGAGAAGGACGGGCGCAUCGUCGGGGAGAUCGCCUUUCAGCUGGACCGGCGCAUCCUGGCCUUCGUGUUCCCGGGGGUGACCCGGCUCUACGGCUUCACUGUGUCCAACAUCCCAGAGAAGAUCAAGCAGACGUCCAUCAAGUCCCUGGACGGCUCCGUGGACGAGAAGAAGCUGCGCGAGCUGACGCACCGCUACCUGACGCUGACGGCGCGCCUGGAGAAGCUGGGCUACAACCGCGAGGUGCACCCCGUGUUCAGCGAGUUCCUCAUCAACACCUACGGCAUCCUGAAGCAGCGGCCCGACCUGCGCGCCAACCCGCUGCACAGCAGCCCCGCCGCCCUGCGCAAGCUGGUCAUCGACAUCGUGCCCCCCAAGUUCCUGGGUGACUCGCUGCUGCUGCUCAACUGCCUGUGCGAACUCUCCAAGGAGGACAGCCGGCCGCUCUUCGCCUGGUGAGCCCGCACCCGCACGCCCUCCCUGCAAUAAACGUGUUUGUUCCAAACCCGGGGGCCACCGUGCCUCCUGUGCGUCCCCUCCGGCCGGGGGCAAGGGCCAUGUCCUGAGGGAGCACCCAGGGCCGCAGGCAGGCGCCCGGCGCUGGAGCAGGCACCUGUCACGGACCGGGCCGGGCACCUGCAGGUGCCCACAGCCCCACUGCGCCCACACCC